GUGAAGGAUUUCCAUGACUGAUUCAAACCACGCUGCACACGCACAACCUUCUCCCUCACCAAAGCAGAUUCGACGUCUUUGAGCCAGGAUGCGUGUGGUGUGCGCUCUGGGGCUGCUCGUGGGCUGGUUGCACCUGUCCACCUGUCUGCUCCUGGGAGCCUUCAACAUCAAGUCUUUCGGGGAUAAAAAAGCCUCCAACAAAACUCUGAUGGACAUCAUCAGCACGAUUGUCCACCGGUAUGACGUCCUUCUGAUCCAGGAAGUCAGAGACGCCGAUCUGUCGGCAACCAAAAAACUAAUGGAGCACGUCAACAAAGGUUCUGUCCAGUUCAAGCACAUCGUCAGCGAGCCCAUUGGUCGGAGCACCUACAAGGAGAGAUAUCUAUUCCUCUACAGGGAGGACCAUGUGUCUGUGGCUAAAAACUACACCUACGACGAUGGCUGCGAGUCCUGUGGGACGGACACCUUCAGUAGGGAGCCGUUUGUCGUCAUGUUCUCCUCCAAAACUACCGCUUUGAAGAGCUUCGUUUUGAUCCCCCAGCACACUUCUCCGGACUACGCCGUGCAGGAGAUAGAUGCUCUGCAUGACGUGGUGACCGAUGUCCGCGCUCGCUGGAACACCAAUGACAUCGUGCUGCUGGGCGACUUCAACGCCGGGUGUACUUACGUCCUGAAGUCUGAGUGGGAGCAGAUCCGCCUGUUCACCGACAAGAGUUUCCACUGGCUGAUCCCGGGCGACGCCGACACCACCGUGUCUCACACCGACUGCCCCUAUGACAGGAUCGUAGUGACGCCUGAGGUGAUGAAGAGUGUGGUGCACGGCAGCGCAGAGGUUUAUGAUUACAUGGUGGACCUGAAUCUCAGCCUCAGUCUGGCGCUGGCGGUCAGCGACCAUUUCCCCGUGGAGGUGAGGCUCACUACUUAACCUUUCCCUGCCUGGUGAAGAUCUCUCUCAAGGACGGCUUAAUUCUAUAAUAAUCUAGGGAUAAAUGAAAUACGAAUAAUAAAGACGCUACACAUAAUGAAAUGAAAAAGCGGGUGUUCAUUUGUUUUGAACU